AUAAAAGCUGGUCCGUGAACAGUAGAACCCCAGUACACCAUGGCUCAGUUUUCUGUGGAACCGGAGCCUGGAGACCUGAUUGAGAUUUUCCGCGUUGGCUAUGAGCACUGGGCCAUCUAUGUGGGAGGUGGUAAUGUGAUCCAUCUGGUUCCUCCAAGUGAGUACCCUGGGGCUGGCUCUUCCAGCAUCUUCUCCGUUCUGAGCAGCAGGGCGGUGGUGAAACAGGAGCGCCUGCAGGACGUAGUUGGGGGCUGCCGCUAUCGGGUCAACAACUACUUGGACCACCAGUACAGACCACGGCCUGUGGACGAGAUCAUCAGUUCUGCAAAGGAGGAGAUUGGUGAGGAGGUGGAGUACAGUGUUGUGAGCAAGAACUGUGAGCACUUUGUCACCUGUCUGAGAUACGGCAAGGCCUGCUGCAGGCAGGUGGAACACGCCAUGAUUGCAGGAGAGGUGACCCUGGUGCUCGGAAUUCUGGGUUUCACGGGAUACUCUCUUUUGAAGAAACGAUCCCAAAACCAGUGACAGCCUGAGGAGCCACCGAUUCUUGCGUUAGAAGCAGCUGUGGAGGCCAGAGGAGAAGGCCUCCCACAGCUCCUCUGUCUGCCUGACGCUCACACUUGGGCAACAUGUAUUUCCCUCUCUCGCUUUUCCUCUCUCAUUGGCUGAAGGAUGGGCUAAUUGUACCCCCACUGAGGAAUCAAUAAAUCUAUCUAUCCGUCUCUUCAGAAAGGACUUUCACUGUGUUUUUGUAGACUUCUGAAACAGAAAGGAAGAAAGUAACAUUAACUCAGCACCUGUGGGUACUCCCAGCCAUUUCUACUGUGCGACCUUGGGAGAAGUUCUUGACUCUCAGAGCCUCAGUUCCUUCUUCUCUGAGAUGGGGGACAUGAGCCACUUCUUUGUGAUGUCGCGAGGAUCAAAUAAGAUGAUGUGUAGAAACCCCUGCACGAUGUCCAGUACGUGGCAGGUAAUCAGUGGAUUGUCUACGUCAUUCCAUGUAGAUUGACCACUGUUGUAAUUAGACAGCAUUCAUUUC